AUGGCAACAGCUUUACUCAUAACCCCGGCACAAGCAAAUCAUCCACACUGGGGCGAAACAGUACCUUACAGCUCCCCUCCAGAGAAGAUGACAAAGCUUCACUUUUACUUGCACGAUAAUCUAAUCGGAAGCAAUCAAACUGGUUUUAGGAUCGCUGAAGCUGCAAUUACUAAUUCUUCAUCAACAUUUUUUGGGGCAACUUUUAUGGUGGAUGACCCGUUAACCGAAGGACCUGAUCCAGAGUCCAGACUUGUAGGACGAGCUCAAGAGCGAGAAUUUUCGAUUGUUGGUGGAACUGGAUUUUUCCGAUUCGCUCGUGGGUUUAUCAGUGCUAAGACGUACUGGACUAAUGGCUUCAAUUCUAUCAUUGAGUGGACUUGUACUGUUGUUCACAACUAA